AUGGCCCAACGGGCCUUCCCGAAUCCUUACGCCGACUAUGACAAGUCCCUGGCCACAGCUUACUUUGACUCUUCAGGGCGGCGGGGGAGGCAAAAGGCUGAUGGUUUUGAUGCAGGAGAAAAGGCUCAGCCCAUGCACCCAGCACUGAAAUCGGCGACUGUUGGUUUCCCCGUGAAUGUUCCAGGGGGGCUUAUUUUUUACCCUUAUUUCUAUGAUGUAGCACGAUCCCCAGGUGCUUCCUGCUUUUGCUCCGGGCUGUCUGCUAAUGCCAACGGCCUGAUCCAAAACUGGUUCUGCCUCAGUGUCUGUGAGAAGGAGAGGGAGAGGAAACCCAAAGCAGCCUGCAUUGCUUUGCUUUACUUGCACCUAUAUGAUGUGUAUGGAGAGCCUUCCUACCUCCAGGUGGCAGAGGCCUAUGCGAAGAAGAGCUUGAGUUGUCUGACAAGACGCUCCAUCACCUUCUUGUGUGGGGAUGCUGGGCCGUUGGCAGUGGCUGCCGUAGUGUACCACAAAGUACAGGACAAGACACAGUCGGAAUCCUGCAUCACUCGCUUGCUUCAGCUGCAUAAACUUGACCCACAGGCGUCGGAUGAAAUGCUCUAUGGGCGCAUGGGAUACCUCUACGCGCUGCUCUUUGUGAACAAGCAUUUCGGAGAGGAAAAAAUCCCUCAAAACUAUAUUCAAGAGGUCUGUGAUGCGGUCGUGGCGUCCGGGGAAAGCCUGGCCAAAAGGAGGAACUUCGCAAACAAGAGCCCGUUGAUGUAUGAGUGGUACCAGGAGUAUUACGUAGGGGCGGCACAUGGGUUGGCAGGAAUUUAUUACUAUCUUAUGCAGCCCGGCCUCGGCGUGAGCCAAGUGAAGCUGCAUAACACAGUUAAACCCAGCGUGGAUUAUGUCUGCCAGAUGAAGUACCCAUCAGGCAACUACCCCCCUUGUAUCGACGACACCAGAGACCUGCUUGUCCAUUGGUGUCACGGGGCACCUGGUGUGGUCUACAUGCUCACACAGGCCUAUAAGGUGUUUGCUGAGCAGCGGUACCUGAGCGAUGCCCUGCAGUGCACAGACGUGAUCUGGCAGUGGGGCUUGCUGAAGAAAGGUUAUGGGCUGUGCCACGGGACAGCAGGCAACGCGUAUGCCUUCCUGCUGCUGUACAACCUCACUCAGGACACCAAAUACUUGUACAGGGCCUGCAAGUUUGCAGAGUGGUGUUUGAGUUAUGGGCAGCACGGGUGCCGGACUCCAGACACUCCCUUCUCUCUCUUUGAAGGAAUGGCUGGAACAAUAUAUUUUCUUGCUGAUCUCUUGGUACCCACAAAGGCCAAGUUCCCAGCGUUUGAGCUAUAAAACCCUUCCCCGCAGUUCCCUGCCGAAUCCCACUGCACUCCAUAUCCAUUGGACAAGGAGACGAGACUUGCUUGAGUCUCUUUCAAACUUCUCUCUUGUAAACCCCGUUCUGCUGUUCAUGGUUUCAGUUCUUUUCCAUCCUGAACAUUUUUCUAAUGGUCUUUUUGCUUUGUGCCUAUUUUUUUUAAAAAAAUGUGGCUUUUGUUAUUGGUUCCUAACGAUGGGAAAUGUACAGUAUUUUGUUGGCUAUGUAAACUCAGCUUUGCUAUUUGAUGUAUCUGAAUUCCAGGGAGAGAAAAACGUCUGUGGGAUGUAACUUUGUCCUUUGAACGUUGUCAUGAGUAAGAGUGGUAGAAGUUUACAGUAUUAUCUUUGGAAAACAAAAGAGGAAAACUUCUGACUUUUAUUCUCCUAUUGGCAAAACUAAGUUCCUAAUCUUGGAGCUAGACAUUUCUAACAGCUCCUGCUUUCAAACUCCUCUCAAACUUCACACCUUCCUGCUUUUAAAGCAAAGACUGUUUCAUUCUUUGUGUGUUUUGUCAGUGACAGGAAGGCAUCAGCCAUAGCCUAUCGUACAGCUUUGCCCUGUUACGCUAAAUGCUGCAGAAGAACUGCCUCCAGUCACUGAAAGUUUCAGUUAAAAGUUAAGCAACUGGCACAUGUGAUCUUCCCUGUUUAGUUUUAACUUAGAAUUAUACGUAACAUUGCUGCUGUUAGUCAGGUGCACCAGGCCUGUAAACAGAAGUUAUGGGAAAAGACGCCUCCCCCAUUAAGUGUUGUCAGGUAGAUGCUGUUGCGUAGGUAGAUGCUGUUUGCAAAGUCAAUGGGGCAGAUCUUGUUGGCUGUAAAUCGGUAUUAAUCCAUUGAUGGAGCUUCACUGGUUUACACUUCCUGAGGAUCUGUCCCAGUAAACUCGUCCUCGAAUGGACAUGCUCUGGUAAAAGAGCACUCUCCAUUAGCUACCUGCUGGAGGUGCCCUUUUAUUCCUCAGAUUGCCCCACACUGGAAGAAAGGGGGAAAUGAUUUUGACAUUUCAAGGCUGCUUCUCGUGAGUGCCUAGAGACACUAACAGCGUCUACAGAUGGCACCACUCUUAGAAAACCAUCCCCCACUCUCGGAUGAGAGUUGUAACCUCCACCAUGUUCUGAUCAAAUGCCUUUGCUGCGUGCUCUCGCAGACUCACUCAGAAAAGGUUUCAGCAUUGAUUGAUUGGGAAAACUGGAAACACAGUGGAGCUCAUUUGCCGUUCGCCAGGUGUCCCAGUCAAAAUCCUCAAGCUCAUUUGGACUACCUAUGCCACACUGCUUGCUUCUGAGCUUUUAGCACCCUGGUGAAUAACCAGAAACCCAGUGGUCUCCAGGGAGGGGACGCUGACUAAUUGCAUAGCCCUGGGGAAGUGGCUAUAAAAAAAAUGAAGCCAGCUGUAAGUUAACUUGCAUUCGUGCCUGUAGUGACAACUGCAUUGAGACCUCCAGCUUGGGGUUUUUUUUUGGGGGGGGGGUAUGUUAAACAAUUUUAAUUAAAGAAAAAGUUCAUCCAACCUGUUGCGCACAGUAUUCCAGCAGCAGGUGUGCUUCUGUGCUUGUACAUGUAGUACCUGAAAACAGCUGGGGACGUGGUGUACGCUUUAGGUUGGAAAUGGAUUAAUAAAAUGCUGAAAAAAUGA